GAAUUUAGUCGGGUGCGGACGCCGCUCUCCCACGGCGGUUUCAGUGCUCGCGCUGUCUGCCCACACCCCUUUUGUUCGAGACAAAAGAAAAAACAAAGGAAGUGCGUGAGCGAGAGAAGCAGGCCCUGCCGCCCCCCAGUUCGCCCCCUUUUAUUUUCCACCACGGCGACUAUAAUCGAUUGCGAAGUUGUCUCCGGGUCUGGGUUAUGCAGCGGGGCAGGUUGGCGCUGAGAGAGAGUGCCUCAGUGGCGAAGCGGUCCGCGGGUGCGCGGCGGCCGAGCACCCCGUCGCAUCAACAUGUCCGUCUCCUGCUCUGGAUUCCGCGGCCUCCACGAGAUGCCGCGACGAGCCCGCUCGCCAUCAUAACGCCUUUGAAGCUUUGUGCUCGGAUGGGGCCGCUUGGUGUUAGGUGACUUGAGCACUCCAGGUAGUAACCGAAAGCAUGAUUGCAGUUGACAGCACAGUCUCGCACAGCGGAGCUGCCCGCUUCGCCGCCUGGCGAUGGACGCGGCAAGCGCGGACAGGAUAACAUGAUUCUGCGCGACGGAGCGGGUGGCCUGCCGGACCCGAUGUCGACCGCACCCAACGGCUCGGUGGCCAGCUGGACGCGCGACGAGGACCCCGGCUCGGGCCAGAACGCGGCCGUGCGGCUCACGCUGCUCUCGUGCGUGUCGGCGGCGGGCUCGCUGGGCGGCGUGUUCGUCAUCAGCGCGGUGAUCGUGAUGGAGCCCCUGCGCACCCGCGGCAACGCCUUCCUCGUGUCGUCGGCGCUGGCGCACCUGCUGGUGUCGGCGCUACUGCUGCCGUCCACGUGUGUGGCCAUUCUGGCGGGCGUGACGCGCGACCCGGGCCUGUGCCACUUCCAGUGGGCCCUGCUCGUCGUGUGCCUGGUGGCCAGCCUGCUCUCGUUCGCCUGCCUGGCUGCCAGCCAGGGGCUGGCGCUGCGCUGCUCGCGCGGCGCCGUGCUCGCCGCGGCGCUCGCCAGCUGGGCCGUGGCCGCCACCGUGGCGCUGGGCCAGCGCGGCCUCGGACUGGGACCGACGUUCUGCGGCGGCACGCCGAUGGCCAGCAACGUGCCGCUGCAGGCGACCGUGGCGGCGCUCUGCAUCUUGGUGCCCGUGCUGCUCACCGUGCUAGGCUUCGGCGUGGCGCUGGCCCGCGCGCGGCGCCACGAGCCCGACGGCGCGGCGCUCGAGCUGCUCAAGAGCCACGUGGCCGUGUACCUGCUCACGCUGGCUAUGUGGGUGCCCGGCGUGGCGCUAGCCGCCGUGUCGCUCAGCCGCCAGGUCCCGCCGCACCUGGUCGACGUGGCGUGGUGGCUGGCGCUGUCGCACUCCUGCCUCUACAGCUACGUGUACGCCGCCACGCACCGGACGUUCCGUGUGGCCUUCAACAAGCUCUUCUUCUACUGUUGCUGCAAGAGCCACGUGACCUUCUCGAGGCCCUCGCGUGAGCAGCGCAUCGGGCCGCAGGGCUCCGGCGUCGGCCUCCGGGUUCACAUUAUUCCCGCCAUGAACAUUUACUCGGCCAAAAAGGACUCUAGCCAGGCGGCCGUCAAGCACUGCGUCCAGGGAAAAGGGCUGCACUGCAGCUACGACCUCUAGCUGCGGGCCCUCCUCCCGCCCCUCACAGUGUGGUGCUACGGCGCUGACCGCCGCAGGUCUUUUCAAAGCGCUGCUUCUCGGAUGUCGGGGCGCAAACGGGGACAUUGUCUGUCUGUGCUAUAUAACUGUUUUCAGUAUUCAUAUAUUCGUGUCAUCGGUCAGCGAGCGCCGCAGAAGCAUCUGUCGUGUAAGCAUAUAUCUAAAGGUCCAGACUUAUGUGUCAGUGGCGAAGUGUACUUACGUUCUUCGCGAGUCUUCUUUCCAUCCCCGUCCUAUCGGAUGUUGCGAAAAUUCUGUGUUCCGCGAAUCGAGUUAUGUGUGCUUUUGUCCUUACAUAUUGAAACUGUAAAAGCGCACAAAGACGAGAACAAAGAGAGUGGACAGGACAAGGCGCAAGUAAACCAACUAGCCCAGUUAUCCAUUCUGUUUUGUCCGUAGAUGCAGGAGAAGAAAACUCGAGGAUGUGGUGGAAAGAAUGAGGAUGAAUACGGGCGCGUAGACUUAAUAUUGUUUUCUAAUGAUCGCAAUGCCCUAAUUAGACAAAGACAUCUCCAGCAACACUGUAUAUAUUGUUGCUUGUACAGAAGACACACUGACUGUCAAAACAGAGUAAAAUCAGCUGCCGCUUUCAUGGCCAGCAGUUGAAAGCAGAACAGAGAAGUCUGAAAUUUGAAUAAUGCAUGAACCCAAUCUAGUAUUUGUGAUGCAAGAAACUAGGAAAAUAAUGCUUGGACAACAAAGUAUGCCAUGUUGUCUUGUAUUGCACUUACUAAUGAAAAAUAUUGAAAUAUGAUUACGCAUACAUUCCCACAUAAAGCGUGAGCUCGCUUAUAUCUGCCAUUGUCAGAUUAAAAACAUUGUUAAUGCGUUCGUUAGUCCAGUUAUGGGGAAGCGUUGUUGCUCCUUGAAGCAUGGAUAUUUCCCCAUGUACUGUUUGUGUAACUCUAGGGACACAACAUUAAAGCGCCAGCAUUGGUAACCUUUCUGAACUGCGACAAAGCAUUUCAGACACGCUACAGUUGCGCCUUAUAGAAGUCUGUUAAUAUCUGAACGAAAAAUUUGCGACGAAGGAACAGAAUCAAAUAUUUAUGUAUCUCGGUUUCGUAGAUGGCUUUAUUUUUUAAAAUGAGCGAGUGACAGCAACCAUGAAGAAGCAUUGCCAUGCUCAAGCUACACUAUUUUUGUUCGGAGGGGCGCGUCGGAGCCCAUACUCAGAUUUCUGCUAUUGAAAGAAAUAAAUUUUUGUAGUUGUUGCAUACUAUUGCCAAAGCAGGCGUCGGGCUUACUAAUAUUCUAUAGUGCUUUCCGUGGCGACUACCAGACAAAUGGCCUUCAGGUACAAAUGGCUGAGGCUCGUAGAUGUCUACCUUAUUGCAAAAUUUUGCAGUCUGUUGCAUUUAAACAAUUCACGACACUUAAAAGCAUUGCCCAAGAGCCGCGAUACGGGCUCUAUUUUUGAACAAAGCGUUCCCCCUUUCCCGUGGCCGUAACACAGUAUUGUUGCGUAGGAGUACGUGCAACAAGCUUCGACUGAAAUGUCCGCCGACAUCGAAGCGGUCCCUUUGUUGACCACGAUAGGUUAUCGAUGAGAAGCCUCAACCACAGUGCCAAACUAUUUCACCAAAUGAGUAGUGCUUAGGCUUAGAACAAUGAACCUUAAAGAGCCCGAAAUUUCAAAGUGAACACUGAAAUAAAGAACUACAGUAAACUUCAAAACGUACCAAAAAAAAAAAAAGCCAAUGAAGUGCCUGCUAUCACUAUAUGACGGUUCGAUAGAUGGUUAAGCUAGCUUCCCAUCGACACCACUCGAUCACUUAGCCAACAGCUGGCGAAUUCAUUAGCUAAAAGUUUAAAAAAAAAAGCAGCGCUUAGACGAGCCUGAGGAGCAAAGGACACACACGCAAACAACAGCGCUGCUUUUGUUUUCCCCAAACGUUACGUGAAAUGUUACACCUUCCGGCCCAAACUUGCGCCAUUCUGUCGCGAGAACUUUGCUUUCAGAGUAGAUAUACCGGGAAGACGCAAUUGCAGAUUACUUUUGUUGCCAAAACCCUUUUCUCUUCUUAAUAUAUUUCUGACAACAAGUGCAUUCUUGCUACGAAUCAGGGCAUCGUUGUCGUUCCAAAGGAAAUAAGCGAAUUAUUCUUCGCACGCUGAACGACGAGUGAUUGGUUUAUCGAUUAAAUUUGGAGAUUACGUGUACACGAUCCAAUUCUUAUCAACCGAUUCUUCUGAUAAGUCUGCGCUCCCGCGGUUUCAUUUUCUUUUCAUUUUCGCUUUCGAUCAAGCACGCUACCGAACAGAUAUGGAACCGCACUCCAAAACUGCAACCAGUCAAAUUUAUCCCGAACCAAAAAGAAAGGAAUACCAAAUCUUUGAGGUUUAUGCAUUGAAUUUUGAUAAUAAAUCGGUGAGAACGAAAGUAACCGUUCUGUUUCUCUCCUACAAAAACGUCCAAGGAAAUUGCGCACUCUGUCACUUUAUGGUGAGGACCAUUCUGGAAGGACGUCAUAGUAGGCGUAAAUAAGGAAGUUUUCGCGUUUAUAGUUAGUACUGUGAUUGACACAGGCGCGAUAGCCGUUCUUGAAAAUGGAAUGCUUUUGGCAUGAUUCAACACGCGAUGUCGUUUCGAGUCUCCAGGAAAGAAUACCAUUGCCGUCUAUCGGGGACAUUGCACGGGACUUGCUCGGAAGGCUUAAAGCCAUCAGGACGUGUGAACAUCGCAUCGCUGUACAUGCGGGGCACACUCCCUAAUUUUUUUUAGCGCUGAUUAAAAUUAAGCCUCACAAUUUUCGGUACCGCUGAGCUGCUUUAAGUGGUUCGCUGCCACGCUACUUAAGUAAGUUAUUUUGCUUGGCAAUAUCUUAAUUUACAUCGCAAGAAAUGAAUCUCGCUGUAGUUCGUUUAUCUUUUUAGAAUGUAUUUGUACGUCACAAUUUCUUUUACUCAUAAACUGUUAUACAUUGGGUGACCCCGAAAACAAAAGAGUAUUCUUCUUUAAAUGCUGCCAAUAAUUUCCACAAGGAAAGUCCUUUUAGGGAUGUACUUACGCUCCGCAACAGGUACGAGAUUAAUGAUGUGACGCUAAUCAAGAUAAAUAUUAUCUAGUGAUCUAACGCGAUGCAGCGCAGUUGACAUUGCUAGUUUAGUUUCUCGUUUCUUUUUUUUUCCCCUGUAUCUCUUUUCAACAGCAAUCGUGCAACCGAAUCCAAAAGAAGGCAGCAACCAUCGGCCACAGAGCGGAGAAAAGCCGCACAAAGCAUACUUACGUCCAUGAGCUGCAAGCAUCUGUGCACUUGUAACGAAUUAUUCAAAUUUUGAAACGCAAUUAAGACAAUGUGGUUCUAGGCACGCAUGGCGUACGUCAAUUUGUGAGUUGUAUGCUUCACUUAACGGUCGUCGAUGCCCCCACUGCACGUUUGAUCGGGCAUUUUGCAAGGAUACCUAGUAUAUUGGCUUAACGCGCGCUACGGGUACAUCCCCGCGCGCGCAUGAAGUUCCUCUAGAGCCUUCGCCAUGCAUAUCAAACCGAAAGUGCUUCGCGCACGCGUUGUACGUCGCAAGCGACUUUGCUUGUCCUAAUAAUCCUGACAGGCGAGUUCCAACGGCAGCCAAAGUCUGGCACACGUGCUUGAAAGCGCCGAACAGCUCACCGAAAAACAGUGUCACUGUUCGGCCACGAUGCCUGCAGCCGUUUGCUUGUGUGUCUCUAUAGGGGUGUGCGGUAUACCUAUAGCGCGUGCUUUUCGGUUACCUAAGUUGUCAUUUACGGAUUGACAGCAUGGAGUAAAAGACUAAAUGCCCAAGUUGUGUUUGCAUAUCUGUAAAAUUAAUUCCUUUGUACCCGCGCAGUGUUCAGAGAUGGCGUCGUCCGGAAGGUCGCAGGUAAAAUUAUAGCAGCUUCGUUAACGGUUCAGAGUUUGUUUCUACACGCUUCUAAGCUUCAGGACCAUGAACAGAUGGAUUUUAAUUCACGGCAAGAUGAUAGUUUAAAAAACGAACUAAAUAAAAGGCAUAAUCUGCGACAAGAACGCUUCUACGUUACUGAUUCUUCGAAAUCGAAACGUAAGAAUUAGAUGCCGAUUUCAUAUUCAUGAUUACAUAUAGGUAUGUUGUACGUUACAAUGCAGAAAUGUUUUCCGACCUGGUGGAUCUGGAGGAUUUGGUGUCUAGCGCUUCCUGACAAGUUGCGGGCAACACUGUGCUCCAAACCUUUUUAGCAGGCAUACAAGAGAUGCGGCGUAUUGGCUUGCUGUUCGCUUUGUCUGUCCUCGCGGUAAUUCCGCGAAAAACCAUAUACGGCGGACAUAACAUUCAUUCGAAAGCAUAUAUAUAUACAGGGUGUCUCAACUGUUAUGCGGCAAGAUUUUAAAACAUUCAAAUGCCACGUAGCUGGACAGUGCCAAAUGUUGUCUACCGUCGUCUGGAGAUACCCAGAUUAUUUCUUUUGCAUUCCGCCGAAUUACAUAAUUAGCGUUAAUUAAUCAAUCAACUUCUCAAAUAUUAUAAUUAGGUGGAGAGUAUCAAUGCGAAAAUUGCAGAGCAACCCGAAAAACUCUCGAUACAGCUUUCUGUUGCUCACUACGUGCAACAUAAGAGUGUUUUUCCGAGCGUGAAAGAAGACCGCGAAUACACGCGAAGUGCCUCGAGCGGCCAGUCUCGCGGUUCUAAUCUAAUUAUAGUAUUUGAAAAGUUGAUUAAUUAGUUAACGCUAAUUAUGUAAUUAGGCGCGAAAUGCAAAAGAAACAGCGACGGCAAACAAAAUUUGGCUCUAUCCAGCUACGUGGCAUCUGAAUAUUUUUAAAUAUUGGUGCGUGAUCGUUGAGACACCCUGUAUAUGCGCGUAUUAUGUCGUGUUAAAGAUUCCGUGUAGUUUGCAGCAACGUCAGUGUGCACAAGGAAGGAGAUUUGUGUAAACCCCAAGAACUGUGCGUUCUUCUACGCAGAUGCGCUGUGCAAGAACGGUUGCUGUGAAAACGCUUUUUCCUAGCGUUAUACAUAUCGCGUAAUUAAAUAUAGUGCAACACGUUGUUGCUGAAGUUUGUAUGUUUAUGCUGAGGACGGUCAUUUAGCAGUAGCUUCCCUCCCUCCCCCUUUUAUUUCCCCUUAUCUGCACUGUGGUUCUUCCAUUGACACCUACGUACAAGUUUGGUGCACUGAGUAAUUCAUUUAUAUUUUUUUUUCCUUUUUGGAGAGGCAGGAUAGUCGCAAACGUUGGUGGACCGAACUCGGAAUGGCUGCUUUCGUUUUUUGAUUCGGCCGGACCCUCGGUCCGAGCAUAUAGUUCACCUUAAUGACGACUCAAACAUCCGCGUAUUGUGCACUUCCGAUUCAGGAGAAAAUCACGGUUCAGUUAAACCUGUCGGUUCUUCGCCAGUUCGGUCCUCUUAGCACGACGAGCUUACACAAAAGGCGCGUGAGCAGGAGCCCAAUGUGUGGCAGGGGCCGCUUCUCGCCGGGCUUGCCACCGCCGCUGGGUCGCGAGACCGUUUCGUCUCACGCUCGCAAGCACCGAGAGACCGUCCUUGAGACUCGCACGCGUCGCCACUGGACAAGAAGCGAGGCCCCAGUACAUCUUGCCAUUUGGUCCAGGCAUCAGCUACGUCACACGCACGCACGCUCCAGGGGAACGGGGAGGGGGGCGGAGCCGCUAAUGCGCUUCGCACACAAACUUACGCGCACAUGCACGAGUUGAAGCCUCAUCACACACUAUCCAAGCUUAGUGUCACACACACACACAUACACACAUACACCGUACACAGACACACAAACGCCGUGAUUUAUCGCCGUCCACCAGUGCGCCUUUCGAAGAAACAGGGCAGGAAAGCUCACAUAGGUUGUGGAUUACUUGCUUUCCUAAGUAUGGGCAGCGUUCUAAACGAAAGCAAUGCGCGUUUUUACAGCGCCCCGGUUAGAAGAUUUACGAUUCCUUCCACCAUGGCUAGCGUUUAGAAAGCGCGUAGGGAAUAGAUUUAGCCUUCGCUUUAUUCGUGUGGUUGAGUCGACGGGCACGGCGUUGUAAAGUGUUGCUGCAGCUGCCGCAACCAUUAAAGUAUUAAUCUGUGCUUUAAUAUCCCGCGUAGGUUCGCUGCUAAUGUGGCAAAGAAAACGAAAAGCAUCUCUGCGCGCACACGCUCUUUUAUUUUUCCUUGUUAUAUAUUUUUUACUCGGCGCACGCACCCUACACGACACAUUACUUGAUCAAGUGCACGAUAAACAUUCACUGAAAGUUCUUGACACAAUUUCACGCAGAUCGAUCGCGCAGGUAACUCUGCGGUGUUCAAACGCCAUAUAACUUUUGCCACACAAAACAGAUAAUACACAGUAUUACCAUAUGUCGAAUAAGAAAAUACAACACCUUCGCCAAGGCUUUCCGAAGUAUUACUGCGUCGAUGAUACUGCAUUAGCCGUGUGAUGUAUCCACAAACCUAUCUUAGAGACCAUAGAUUAACCCUACGUCUAAUCGAAGACGAGGAUGAAGGCACUGCAGGGGAUUUUAUUUUUUUGGUAGUAUAUUUUGCGCAGCCAAUUAACGUGCUUGUAAAGCGCACUGAAGGAAUAAAACCUGACAUUAAAAUGGCCGACAUUUCAGUCUGCAUAUGUGAACCCUUUACAUUUGGCGUGAAAAUAUAAACUAGCAUGAAACAAAUGGGCCAAUUCAAGAGGGGGGAGAAUAAGGAGAAACACUAUGACGACCUCUUGUGUGCUAGGUUGUUUUACGCCGUUAUCAGCAGACUACUUGGAGUAGUAAUGUAUGCGGUGAAUAGUUUUUCCAAGACAAGUAGUGAACGGUGAAAGGCAUCCUUCUGCAGAAAGGAAGAUAAAAAAAAAACAUGUUCGGUGGCUCCCUAGGCUUAUCGCAGUGGUAUAAAUUGAAAUGAGCGGUUAAAGAACUUACUAUAGACGUUGUAGCAUUGCCGAAGUACGACAUUCGCGGAGUUCCCAUUUACCCACCCCAGCGAAUGUUCCCCAGCGCUCGGCAAAGAGCGAAAGUUUUGCAGACUGCGAGUGAAACAUUGUACAAACAGUGUCGCCAGUAUGAUGCCCAGAAACGGUUGUUGUUUGUAUACUCUGUAGCAUGUUGUCCAUAUUUUUUUGUCGACUUAUACAAGUACGCGUGUGCUCAUGUUUGUGGACGUUUCGCAUAUACAUGCUGCUCUUACAGAUUGCAAUUUGUUCUGUACUGUAUGUACCGCUUCGCUUCAAUUGCCUUCUCCGUGGACUUCGGGUUGAUUUCGUUGCGUGUAUGUUCGUGCAUAUGUGUUCGUAGCAAGAAGGUCAUGUACAUCAGAGCAUGCGGCAAGGUGUGUUAUUGCGGGAAGGAAAAAAAAAAGUGCCGCCGGUGAACGCGAACGGUCUUUCACAAACGCAUCGCUCUGCCCGUCCGGGCAUGUGCCUGCAUAGCUGGCCGCAAAAUUCCGCGCAGGCUCGAACGACUCGCCCCCGACGCUUCGUUUCAGGCGCCUCGCCAGAGCCCCGUGCUUCCGACACCGCAGGGCGCCCUGGUUACGCGGCGCGAGCCCUGGACGUGGUGCCCAGGGGGGUCGCCAGGCUAGCAGGGACGGCGCAGGCACUUGCGAAACUAACUACGGCAGAGCGUGACCGCGUUUGCGCGUCCGCCACCGAAGAUCGCAGCUUCCGCUCUCCUGUCAUACCUUGCUAGCUUCGCGAGCUUUCACUGCGGAAAUGUGAAAACACUUCUUUUGGUAACCGCGUCGCGAACACGGAACAGUGUCGUGGGUUCGGCCUGCCGUGGCUUGAGGCGCAGCCACCCUGCGGCGCAGGCAAAACGGGGCACGCCGUCACGCCUCCCGGCAGCCGACAUGGAGGUGCGGGCGCGAGUGUCCGAUUGACUGCCACGAGCAUCUGGGUGCCGGGAGUGGAAAGGAUUGUCCUUGGGGAAAGAAAAAGCGAACGCGCGAAGCGGCUCCGGCAGAGACGUGCUGCUGUCAGCGCGCCCGCGCACCGUCUGUUGUACUCUAUACUCUACCUACAUGUGCAUUUCACGUGGCCGACCGGACGGACUGCAGAGCGACAGGAUAUUUUUCAACAGGAGGUGGUGCCCACCCAUUCGGCGGUCAACGUGCUUUUGUCAGUGUGUUGUUACAUCGGUACGUUUUACAAGCCUUUUACGAAAUUGUGCACUGCUUGUGUGUACAUGAUAAUAAAAAUGUUGCCAGUAUCUUUGUAAA